AUGGCCGGAAGAGAGGUGGGAUAUGAGAAUGAGGACUUGAAAUCGGGCUCUAAGAAGAUGAUAAGACCUCGGAUGAAAAGCUGGAAUGACAUUCCCUUAGAAAUUUUGCUUAUAAUUGUCUCUAUGUUGGAUGAUCCAUCGGUGUUUGUUGCUUUAUGCGUGUGUAGUGGAUGGAGGAAUGGGAUCUUUAAGGCACUUACCCAUCUCAAUCUAUCAUGGUGCAACAACCAUAUGAAUUCGCUGGUUAUAUCGCUUAUUCCAAAGUUUCAAAAUAUUAAGAGUUUAGUUCUGAAGCAGGUUAAACCACAACUUAUUGACAAUGCAGUUAUGGUUGUAGCCAAGUUCUGUCCUAAGUUAACUGAUCUCGACUUAACCAAUAGUUUAGAUCUUUCUAAACACUCUAUAAUUGCCUUGGCAAGUGGUUGCCCAAAUCUUAUUAACCUUAACCUGAGUGAUUGUUCAACCAUAGAAGAUGACAUAUGUUUGAUGUAUCUAGCUUCAUCUUGCACAAAAUUAUACUCCUUAAAUCUAUCCAAUUGUAACAAUUUUGUUACUGAUAACUCCCUUAUGAUUAUUGCUGGUUUCUGCAAUGAGCUGCAAAUCUUGAAUGUAUCCGGAUGCACAAUGGUUAGCGAUGAAGGGGUCACCAGUUUAGCCAAUGGAUGUUCUGAAAUGAGAGCUCUUACUUUAGACGGGUGUCUCUUAGUCACAGAUGUUAGUGUUCUUGCUCUAUCAGAAAAAUGUCCUCAUUUGAACUUUCUUGAACAUAGUGACUGUAAGAAAAUAACAAUCAAAUCGAGUAAUGCACUUGCUAAAAUUUUCAUGAACAAAAUAACCGAAAUCUUGAAGCCUAUGAAGAAGUACCUACAAGAAAUAGAGGAAGAAGAGAAGAUAUAA